AUGCCAGCUCGUGAACAUUCGGUCGAAACCAUCCGGCGUAGCAGUGAGGUGAUGGGCAACUUGAGAAAGCUCAUGGUUGUCAAUCGAGGAGAAAUUGCCAUCCGUGUCUUUCGCACAGCUCAUGAAUUGUCAAUGCGUACGGUUGCCAUUUUUUCAUAUGAGGAUCGUUUAUCCAUGCAUCGAUACAAGGCAGAUGAAUCCUAUCAGAUUGGCAACUUGGGUCAAUACACGCCUGUGGCUGCCUAUCUUGCACAAGAUGAAAUUGUUCGCAUAGCAAAGGAGCGUGGCGUCGCUAUGAUUCAUCCAGGCUAUGGCUUUCUUUCUGAGAAUGCCGAAUUUGCUCGCAAAGUAGAAGCCGCUGGUAUCACGUUUAUUGGACCUGCACCUGAAGUCAUUGAAAGUUUGGGUGAUAAAACAAAAGCAAGACAAAUUGCUAUGGAAUGUAAGGUGCCAGUGGUUCCUGGUACACCAGGACCUGUGAGUGAAUACAAGGAAGCGGAAGCAUUUAUCAAGGAACAUGGAUUUCCCAUUAUUAUCAAGGCUGCUAUGGGUGGUGGUGGUCGUGGCAUGCGCGUGGUGCGUGAUGAAGCUUCUUUGGAAGAUGCCUUUAAUCGUGCCAAAUCGGAGGCGUUGUCUGCUUUUGGUGAUGGAACCGUAUUCAUUGAACGAUUUGUGGAUAAGCCGCGUCAUAUCGAAGUGCAAAUCCUAGCCGAUCGUGCAGGGAAUGUGGUGCAUCUUUUUGAACGUGAUUGUUCAGUGCAACGCCGUCAUCAAAAGGUGGUUGAGAUUGCCCCUGCCAAGAAUUUGGAUAACGCUGUACGUGAAGCUAUUUUGAAUGAUGCUCUCAAGAUUGCCAAAGCUGUAAAGUAUCGCAAUGCAGGCACAGCUGAGUUUUUGGUUGACACGCAAAAUCGGCAUUACUUUAUUGAAAUCAAUCCACGUAUCCAAGUGGAGCAUACAAUCACUGAAGAGAUCACUGGUAUCGAUAUUGUUGCCGCCCAGAUACAAAUUGCUGCUGGUGCAUUGUUACCCCAACUUGGCUUGACACAACAAAGAAUUCGACAACGUGGAUUUGCUAUUCAAUGUCGAGUGACCACCGAGGAUCCUGAAAAGAGCUUCCAACCUGAUACGGGUAAAAUUGAAGUGUAUCGAUCAUCCGGUGGCAAUGGCGUACGUCUUGACGGUGGUGCUGGUUAUGCAGGUGCUAUCAUCACCCCACAUUACGAUUCAUUACUUGUCAAGGUGACAUGCUCUGGUUCCACCUACGAAGUGGCUCGUCGAAAGAUUGUGCGUGCAUUAGUGGAAUUCCGUAUCCGCGGUGUCAAGACCAACAUCCCUUUCUUGCAACGUUUACUUACUCAUGAUACAUUCAUCAAUGGCCAUUGUUGGACAACAUUUAUCGAUGACACGCCUGAUCUUUUCCGCCUCGUGAGAUAUCAAAACCGUGCACAACGAUUGCUUGGCUACCUUGGUGAUGUCGUCGUCAAUGGAUCUCAAAUCAAGGGCCAAAUGGGCGAUCCUGCAUUCCGUCAAGAGAUUGAGGUCCCUGUGGUGCGUAACAAUGGUGCCAAAGGUGGCGAUGCAGCUGCAGAACUCAAGGAUGGGUGGCGUAAGAUCAUUGUUGAACAAGGAGCAGACGCCUUUGCCAAAGCUGUACGAGAGUAUCCAGGCGUGCUCAUUAUGGAUACUACUUGGCGUGAUGCUCAUCAAAGUUUAUUGGCCACACGUGUGCGUACCGUGGACUUACUACGAAUUGCAGCUGCUACAUCCCAUGCACUUUCAAACGCGUUUUCACUUGAAUGCUGGGGAGGAGCAACCUUUGAUGUGGCUAUGCGUUUCCUACACGAGGAUCCAUGGGAUCGUUUGAUCAAGUUGCGUGAAGCAGUACCCAACAUUCCAUUCCAGAUGCUCUUGCGUGGUGCGAAUGCUGUUGGCUAUACCUCCUAUCCCGACAAUGUCGUGUAUGAAUUCUGUGACAAAGCGGUCAAGGCUGGCAUGGACAUCUUUAGAGUCUUUGAUUCGCUCAACUAUGUGGAGAACAUGAAGCUUGGUAUCGAUGCAGUCAAGAAGGCCGGUGGUGUUGUUGAGGCAUCCGUAUGCUAUUCAGGCGACGUGACGGAUCCUACCAAGGACAAAUACACGCUCGAUUAUUACUUGAAGCUUACAAGAGAAUUGGUGAAUGAAGGCAUCCACAUUUUGGGCAUCAAGGACAUGGCGGGUUUACUUAAACCUGAAGCUGCACGUGUACUCGUUGGUGCUCUACGCAAGGAAUUCCCCAAUUUACCCAUUCACGUGCACACGCAUGACACUGCUGGUGUUGGUGUAGCAUCCAUGAUGGCAGCAGCAGCGGCAGGUGCCGACGUUAUUGAUGUUGCUAUUGAUGCCAUGUCAGGAAUGACAUCUCAGCCUUCCAUGGGUGCUCUUGUUGCUGCUCUUGAACAAACCAAUCUUGGCACUGGUAUUCGUAUGGAAGAUAUCCAAGCCAUCAACUCAUACUGGGAACAAUGCCGCUUGUUGUAUUCUUGCUUUGAAGCCAACGUCAAGGCUGCCGACUCGGGCGUGUUUACCUAUGAGAUGCCGGGUGGUCAAUAUACAAACCUCAUGUUCCAAGCACAACAACUUGGUCUUGGCACCCAAUGGAAACAGAUCAAAAAGGCCUACUCAGAAGCAAAUCAACUUUGUGGCAACGUGAUCAAGGUGACACCUUCAUCCAAAGUGGUUGGCGACCUAGCUCAGUUCAUGGUAUCCAACAACCUAUCAGCCCAAGACGUUGUUGAACGUGCAAAGAGUCUAUCGUUCCCUACAUCAGUUGUCGAAUUCUUCCAAGGUUACCUUGGUCAGCCUUAUGGUGGUUUCCCUGAGCCGUUGCGUAGCAACAUUAUUCGCGACUUGCCACGUAUCGAUGGUCGCCCUGGAGCAACAUUACCACCAUUGGAUCUUCACAAGCUCAAAGAAGAACUUAUUGAAAAGUAUGGACCCAACAUCCGUGAUUAUGAUGUGGUAUCAGCAGCAUUGUAUCCUAAGGUCUUUGCUGAGUAUCGUGAAAUGGUCAAUCAGCAUGGUGAUCUAUCAGUCAUUCCCACACGUUACUUUUUGGCCAAACCUGAAGUGGGCGAAGAAUUCCAUAUCGAGAUUGAGGAAGGCAAAACACUCAUCAUCAAGCUACUCGCUGUUGGUUCGCUUAGUGGUGAUGGCAAGCGUGAUGUCUAUUUUGAACUCAAUGGUGAAGCACGUGUUGUCGGCAUUGUGGAUCGUAGUGCAGCUGUGGAAACUAUUACUCGUGAAAAGGCAAAGGAAUCCAAUCCUGGUGAUGUGGGUGCACCUAUGUCGGGUGUCGUUGUUGAAGUACGUGCCAAGGAAGGUGCUCACCUCAAGGCUGGCGAUCCCGUUUGUGUGUUAAGCGCCAUGAAGAUGGAGACGGUUGUAACAGCACCUGUUGCCGGCAAAGUCGAGUUGGUACCUAUCCAUGAAGGGGAUUCACUUUCAUCGGGAGAUCUUGUAGCUCGCCUUGUCAAAGAUUCUUGA